AUGGCUGGGAAUACUGCUGAAGAAGUUGAGGGUUCGGCAGGUCCCGAGACUAAAACUACAAACAAUGCAGAGAUACCACCCGAGUUUUUGAUCAAGCACCCUCUGCAGAAUGCGUGGAGCUUAUGGUUUUACGACAAUGACAGAACAAAAACAUGGGAAGAGAAUCAGAUUGAAUUAACAACCUUUGACACUGUUGAAGAUUUUUGGAGGCUUUUCCACCAUAUUAAAGCCCCAUCUGAGUUACGCCAAGGCCAUGACUAUGCCGUAUUCAAAAAAGGAAUUCGACCCAUGUGGGAAGAUGAUGCUAACAAAAUGGGUGGGAGAUGGCUGAUUAGUCUUGAAAAGAGCAAACGUAAUUCUGACCUUGAUCGAUUCUGGUUAGAUUGUGUACUUCUAUUAAUUGGAGAAAACUUUGAACAUCCUGAAGAAAUCUGUGGGGCUGUUGUUAAUGUUAGACCAAAAUUAGAUAAAAUUGCUGUGUGGACUGCAGACACAUCCAAGCAGCAGGCUGUCUUGGACAUUGGUAGGAAAUUAAAAGACCAGCUCGGGAUUCAUGGAAAGAUUGGCUUCCAAGUUCAUCGUGAUACCAUGGUCAAGCACUCAUCUUCCACCAAGAACCUCUACACUGUCUAG